UCUAAGGAAGGCGUCGCACCAACGGAUUCUCGACUUCGGCCGGACAUGCGUCUGAUGGAGAAUGGCGACUGGGCAGCGGCAAAUGAUGAAAAAGCGCGUUUGGAAGAAAAGCAACGUGCUGACACGAAAAAGUACCAAGUAAUGCGUCUUGAAACAGACAUUCAGCUUCAGAUUACCAUUGUGACUGGAUGA